CCUGCAGGAAUGACAACUUUUCACGUCUCGCGGUCGAUUCUGUUAUAUCUUUAAUGUGAAAAACGCGCUUUUUAAUGUUUAUAACGGACUUCGACGGCGGGUAAUUGCGUUGCCAUCCUUGUUUACACCUUUUAACGUUGUAAUCUCGUUUGUAGUUUCAGUGUAAAGCGGAUGUUGUAGGAAGGGGAAAUGACAACCGAUUAAGGAAGUUUCUCAAUCUCGGAAUAAACACAAGAAACGCUUGAUGAGUGAAACCUUCAGGAGCUCUGAGCGCGUUUGUGAAGGAUAGAAACGGUGAAAGCGGAUCAUGUGUGACGUGACGCGGGACACACCGGUCCGGAAGCUCCGGUACUCGGCGCUGAGGGCCCUGUCCGACCUGCUGGACCCGCAGGACACCUGGAGGAGCGUCAUGAUGGACAUCAGCAAACCCUCCGGAGAACCCAGAUACUCACAGCAGCACAUCAGGAGGUUUGAAGCGGUGGUUCUGCAAGGAAAGAGUCCCACGAUGGAGAUGCUGUUCGACUGGGGAACCACAAACUGCACUGUUGGAGAUCUGGUGGAGAUUUUGAUCCGUCACCAGCUGUUCGCCGCCGUCAGCGUCCUGCUGCCCGAUCACAAGAUCUGUCACACCGGCGCAGGCUCAUCCGGCGUGUCCGUCGGCACACUGCAGUGCGAAGCAGCGGUUUCUCCAUCCGUGGCGUGUCUGCAGCCGUGCGUCCGUCCUGAGGUCACUAAACCUGUGGAGGACGUCAGCAGACGCGUUCAGAAGGAGACGCUCUUGAUGGAGCCGGACAGCAGCACCGGGCCGGAGGAAAACACGUGGAGCGACACUGAAGGUUUCUACACGUUCACUCACCGUGAGCUGACGGCCAUGACGGGCGACUGGGACGAUCGGCCCGUGUCAGACGGCGGGUGUCGGCUGGGCGCCGGCGGGUUUGGCGUCGUGUUCAGAGGCUCCAUGGGCGACACACUUGUAGCUGUGAAAAAACUCAAUCCUUUGGACGACAGCUCACCUGAAGACCUCAAGACUCAGUUUAAUCAAGAGAUUCAAACACUGAGGAGUCUGAAGCAUGAGAAUCUGGUGAACAUGGUUGGCUUCUCCACCGAAGGGCUUCAUCUGUGUUUGGUGUAUGAGUACAUGCCCCACGGGUCGCUGCUGGACCGGCUGGCCUGCGCGGACGGAGCUUCUCCUCUCUCGUGGCACAGCAGAUGCUCGAUCGGCGCGGGAACCGCCAGAGGCCUGCAGUACCUGCAUCACAACCACCACAUCCACCGAGACGUCAAGAGCGGAAACAUCUUAUUGGACGAGGACUUCUGUCCAAAGAUCUCUGACUUCGGGUUGACGCGCGCUUCAGCCAGUCACACGUGCUCGACGGUCAUGACGGGGAGGAUUGUGGGUACGACGGCCUACAUGGCGCCAGAAGCCCUGAGAGGAGAAAUCACUCCUAAAUCUGACAUCUUCAGCUUCGGCGUGGUGUUGCUGGAGAUCCUGUCUGGUCUUCCUCCGGUGGACGAGAGCCGUGAUCCCAAACUGCUGAUGGAGAUGAAGGAUGAGAUCGAUGAUGAGGAGAUCUCUCUGGAGGAGUUCAUCGAUGUGAAGAUGGAGGGAUGGCGGAUGGAGGAGGUGGAGAGGAUGUAUGACGUGGCGUCUCAGUGUCUCUGUGAGAAGAAAAACAAAAGACCCACGAUCACUGAGGUUCUCUCUGAGCUGGAAGAUCUUCAUCACAAACAGUCCCAGAGCUCCGGAUGAACUGCUCAGGAACGAGCCAAACCAAACUGACCUUCUUCGCCACCUCCAUCUGCAGUUUGUUCUCCACCAUCUCCAGCAGCGGAUUCUUACAGCUGGAAUAAAGCAUCCGCUCGCGGAUCCCACAGCUGUAUCCCGGCAUGGAGUAAAUAAACACUGAA